AUGAUCGCUGUCCUCAUUGAGGAUAACAAGAUUUUCGGAGGGUAUGAGUGCAGAAAGAACUCUGCAUCCUACCAGGCAUCACUGCAGUCUGGCUACCACUUUAGUGGCUCCCUGAUCUCCAGCACAUGGGGCACUGAGCAGUUCGACUCAGGGAAGGUCAUCAUGCACCCCAGUUACAACAGCCGCAACCUGGACAACGACAUCAAGCUGAGCAAGCCCGCCUCCCUGAACAGCUACAUGUGCACUGUGGUCAUGCCCUGCCAGCUCUGGCACCUGCUGGCUGGGGCAACCUACCCAGCAGAGGCUGUGGCCUUCUACCCCGACCAACUGUCCAUCCUGAUCAGCGUCAACAGCACCUACCAUGGACAGAUCACCUCCACAUGUUCUGCGCUGGCUUCGUGGAUGGAGGCAAGGACUCUUGCCAGGGAGACUGUGGUGGGCAAUGGGCAGCUGCAGGGUGCUGUGUCCUGGGGUUACAGUUGUGCCCAGACUAAGAUCUGCAACUCCUGGAUAAGCAGCACCAUGUCCUCCAACUAA